AUGGCCUUCAACAACGCUCAGCUCUGUCCUGUCGUUGUGUUCAAUAAUCAAGGCUUUCGUAAUGCGAUAGUAUAUUCCAGAUAUCUUCGCUGCUUUCGCGAUCGCCCCAUCUAUCCCUCUUUCACUAUUUCUCCCUCAGCUUUCUUCAAAUAUGAUCUGGAUAUACCUUCACUCGUUGCUGGACUGGGAUGGGAAUCAUUGACUGAGGAUCAACGAUUCCUUCAUUGUCCUGAGGCAGUCAGACUCUUCUAUGUCAACAUUCGUCGUGACCGUGGGGCUGAACCCAGCUCCUUCACCACCAUGGUUUAUGACCAUGAAAUCACCGUUACACCAGAUCUGCUUGCCUCAAUUUUAUCCCUCCCUCAUUCUGGCAUUCGAGCAAGCUACGAAAGUGAUUUUGCUGAGCAUGGGUUUGACUUCUGCAUUGCUCUUGAUCGCCUAACCCGCGAUAUUGUCAAGGCCUUCCCAACCAGACUAUCAGCUGGUCGUCUUCCCGAUGACCUAAAGGUGCUGCACUUCUUUAUAACUCAGUGCUUUCUUCCCCGCGACCUCUCAAGUGCUGGUCUUCUUCAUUCCUCGAACCUCUGGAUACUGGGGAAUGCUCGUGCACACCAUCCUAUCAGCUUUGCCUCCUUAAUGUUUGCUUACAUGCUUGAAUUCAGAGGAGGAGGUUACAGUGGUGAUCUACCUUUUGAACCCCUCAUCACUCGAUACUUACAUCGACUCGGCAUUGAUCUUAGGGACAAGGUGGCAGUUUGCCGAGUCCAUGAUGAUCUUCGCCCCAAUCAUGUUCUGGAGCGUCUUGAUGCUGAUGUCGGGCAUCGUAAGCUAGUCUAUGGCUCAGGGGGAGAUUCUGCCUGCCCAGUAUUCUCUCGUUCUGAGACUAUCUCUGACAGUUUGAUUCCAACCCUGACUCAAGCUGCUGUCUCAGCCAUAAAUGGUGAAGUUAAACGAUGA